AUGAACACCCUAAAAGCGAGUAGCAACCAGUGAAGAGCGAGGACUGGAUAACGUACACAAGGAGGGAGAUUGCUUCCCCCACCUCUCGGCUCUCCCCUUCCCCAGAUUUAGAAUUUUCAGGCAGCUGCUCUGUUUCAUGAUUUCUAAAUGGCCGUUGCUGCUCUUGCAUUGCAGCAGCAUCUGCUCUACUUGUCAAAGCCAACUACAUGGCUUCCCAACAGAACCCAUCUAAAAUCCCAAAGGAUUGGUCGUGUUUCUCUCGUCUCAUGCUCUUCUUCUUCUUCUUCUUCUUCUUCCCCUUCGUCUUCACCGGAAGCCACAACAGAGACUGCAGAGUCAUGCGUCAAUCUGGGUCUCUCCCUUUUCUCCAAAGGACGGGUAAAAGAUGCCCUUUCUCAAUUUGAAACAGCGCUUACUUUAAAUCCAAACCCAAUGGAAGCUCAGGCUGCAUUUUAUAAUAAAGCCUGCUGUCAUGCUUACAGAGGUGAAGGAAAGAAGGCUGCAGAUUGCCUGCGUACUGCUUUACGAGAAUACGAUCUCAAAUUUGGCACUAUUCUUAAUGAUCCAGACUUGGCCUCCUUCAGAGCCUUGCCCGAAUUUAAAGAACUACAAGAGGAGGCUAGGCUUGGUGGAGAGGACAUUGGCUACAGUUUCAGGAGAGAUCUCAAACUCAUCAGUGAAGUCCAAGCACCAUUUCGUGGGGUUAGGAGAUUUUUUUAUUUUGCAUUUACUGCGGGUGCAGGAAUUGGAACAUUCUUCACAGUACCUAGAUUGUUCCGUGCACUUAAAGGUGGUGAUGGAGCUCCAGGUCUCUGGGAAACUGCUGGAAAUGCAGCCAUUAACAUUGUAGGUAUUAUAGUACUUGUGGCAUUAUUUUUCUGGGACAACAAGAAAGAGGAGGAACAGCUAGCACAAAUAUCCAGGGACGAAACACUCUCAAGGUUGCCUUUGCGGCUUUCAACUAAUCGAGUUGUUGAGCUUGUCCAGCUAAGAGACACUGUUAGGCCAGUGAUUUUAGCUGGGAAAAAAGAGACUGUUUCUCUAGCUAUUCAGAAGGCUGAAAGGUUCAGAACUGAGCUCCUCAAGCGAGGAGUUCUUUUAGUUCCUGUCAUCUGGGGUGAAGGUCGAACACAGCCAACUGAGAGAAAAGGCUUUGGUGUUUCAUCAAAGGCAGCUACUUCUCUUCCUUCUAUUGGGGAAGAUUUUGAGAAGCGUGCACAAUCUAUUAUUGCAAAGUCACGGUUGAAAGCAGAGGUGCGAUUUAAGGCUGAGGUUGUAUCACCUGCUGAAUGGGAAAGGUGGAUUCGUGAUCAACAAAAGUCAGAAGGUGUUACUCCUGGUGAGGAUGUAUACAUAAUAUUGCGCCUGGAUGGUCGUAUUAGAAGAUCAGGGAAGGGGAUGCCCGAUUGGCAACAAAUUGUGAAGGAAGUUCCACCAAUGGAAGCUUUUCUAAGCAAGCUAGAAAGAUAAAAGUUUUUUCUGUGCUUCCCUCAUUUCAUAGAGAUUUGUUUGUUAACAAAUGAAGCACUAGGAACUGUCUAUCAUGCUUUAUAAUUUCCAUUUCACAAGAAAAAAGGUUUCUGUAAUUUGCCUCAUCAAUAGCUCCUUCAAUCUUUAAUGUCGUCUAGUCAAUUUUAUCAAGAUAUUUUGAUGUUGUAAUUUGCCUCAUCAAUUUGGGGUCUUUGAUGUUGAAAUUCCUCCUACCAUGUUUGUAGAUAUUUUGAGAUUGUUUAUGUAAUCUAUUAAGCACAAAAAUAAUAAAAAGAGUAAACAGAAGCAAACUGAAUGCUUGCGUGAGUGCACUGAUUUUGGAACUA